AUGGCAAGUAGUAGUAAUUCAUCAACUGUGGUACAACCAUUGAUUCCAGUUUUCACAGGAGAAAGCUACGAAUUUUGGAGUAUUCGUAUGAAAACUAUACUCAAAUCCCAAAAUCUUUGGGACUUGGUAGAAAGUGGAUUUGAAGAUCCUGACGAAGGAGAUAGGCUGCAAAACAAUAAGCAAAAAGAUGCUAAGGCGUUGGUGUUUAUCCAGCAAGCUGUCCAUGAUAGUGUCUUUUCACGGAUCGCGGCAGCAACCACGUCAAAGCAAGCUUGGUCCAUUCUGCAGAAGGAGUUUCAAGGUGAUUCAAAGGUCAUUGUGGUGAGAUUGCAGUCACUUAGGUGUGACUUUGAAACCUUGAUGAUGAAAAGUGGAGAAUCUAUUGCUGAUUUUUUGUCCAGAGCAGUGGCAAUUGUCAGCAAAAUGCGGUCCUAUGGUGAAAAAGUUACUGACCAGACUAUUGUGGAAAAGAUACUGCGAAGCUUGACUCCUAAAUUUGAUCAUGUAGUUGCUGCUAUAGAAGAGUCAAAAGAUCUUUCAGUAUUUUCCUUUGAUGAACUAAUGGGAUCGCUUCAAGCUCAUGAGGCGAGACUCAAUCGAUCUACUGAAAAGAAUGAGGAGAAGGCAUUCCAAGAGCUUAAUGCACAAGUAAUUGCAGACACAAUUGCAGAAGCAGAAGCUGUAAUCGCACAGGCAGAAGCUAUUAUUGCUGAGAUAGAAAUGGUUGUUACAAUGGCGGAGGAAGCACGACCCAAGUAA